AUGGAUGCGCACGUCGAUGAGGACGCAGCACCCGCCGCCCAGAAAUUCAUCUUCUCGAAGCAGGACGAGAGGAACAUCAGGCGGCGGUGUAUAUGGGCUGCUUUCUUCUUCGACGCUGUUGCAAUAGCACUCAUUAUACCUCUUUGCGUCGGCGGUUGGGUUCACAAUGCCAAUCAGGUUGGUGGGACAGUCAACAGCGAAGACAUACAUCUCGUCACAAAAAAGUGGUCAGCGGUAUAUCGCCGGACCGAGAGCCAGCGCCAGAGCACAUUUGUUUUUACUUGGUUCCUGAGUAGCUGCUGCUUCAAGGAGGCAUAUGUCGACAGCAGCUAUGCGCUCGCGGGCUGCAUACACAGAACGCCCGGCAGUGCUUUCGAUCUGCAGAGUAUCAUUCAAGACGUCGAAGUCAGGCUGGGGGAGCAGGACAAUGUGGAAGCCGGUCCAAUAACGGACCCAGAAGGCCGCUUCGUGGGACCAUCGCCAGCAGAGUUCGCGACGGCCGACGUCGUCACCUCGACACGGGAUGCGCUGGCGUCCUACGGGAUUUACCUGGCAAUCAACAUGGGCACCUGGAUCUUCCAGAUCAUCUCCAAGAGACACCACUACGCUCUCAACGCCUCCCACUACCGCGUAAUGACGGCUGCACAAGUUCUCGCACUGUUCGCCUUGCUUGUCGCUUCGGGCAUCACAACGGCGGCAGCGUACAAAGCAAAGGCGGCCCUGGACGAAUUCGACGACGUGUUUCCGUACCAUGCGGUCGGGUCCUCGUUCGCGGCCCUGACCUGGUGCGCCUUCGUCAGCCAUAUGCUCGGAUGCCUCGCCUACGUCGGGGCGGUAUUGAUUUGGCACCGACUGAAACGGCCGGAACUGUAUCCACCAGAGCCCGAGGACGAGAUUGAGCGGACAAGGAGGGCGGGCGCGCGCGGAGAAGUGGCCGAGUAUCGCCUGCGGCGACUCGACGAGCCGGCGCUUCGAAACCUUGCUACCUCCGACAAACCAAGCUCGCCCAACAUGUCUUCCCAUGACACGCCGGUCAUCUACGCGGAGCUCCUGGCAAACAUCCGCCAGCUGUCCGUCGCAGUGACCCUGCCCUCACCUGCCGAAAGAAGCACGCAAGGCAGCGUCUCGCCAGACGGUUCAACGCUGCACAUCGCACACGCAGGCACCCAAACCCCGUUCUCCCUCCCAGGCAACGUCGUCGCGCCCAGGAAUGGCGUCCUCCCCGCACCGCACCCGGGCUCUCGCGUCCUCUCAUGGCGCCUGCCUCUGUCUGACGCAUCGGCGCCUUCAGCACGCGGGCCGGUGGACGAGCCCGUACCAUGGGCGGCAACCGAUCUGCUGCCGGAGUCGGCGGUGGCUUGCAGGGGCUGCGCGGCGACGGUAGUGCCGGAGGGCACGGCGAAGGAGUGGAAGGACCUGCCGAGCGAGAAUUGGGCUGAGAUGAUGGACUUUUGGCACUGCCACAAGCCGACGGAUCAUGAGCACGGUCACGAACCUGAGCACCUUGCCCAGCGUGGCUACGGUGCCAACUCGAGCAUCGCGGCGCAGAACGGCGUGGGUCUGGUUGACCUGACGUCUCUCCUGUUUACUGAAGCCGACUGCUCGGGACUCGUGUUCUCUUGCUCCUCUUACGAAGCCGGCUCAGAAACCAGCUCAGCAGUCCUGGCUGGCGAAGCGGACCCUCCACCGCGGAUGCUCUACGUCUUCUGCUCUGGCUGCAGGACCCACGUCGGCUUCUUCAACGUCGCCAUCUCGUCCGUCCUUCUCUUUAAGUGGCAAGUGUCAUGCCGGACGGCCGUUGAGAGCACCCCGCCCAGCAGCUCCGACUGCCUCGCUGCGUCGCUGACAGCAACCCUGUCACGAUCGGGCUCAUCCAAAUCGGUUGUGGUGCCGACGUUCUCGUCGCCCCAGACCGUGAGCACCAGUGACAACUCAUCUCCUUCGUUGCACCUGUGGAUCCUCAACAGCAACAUCGCGUAUGCCUCCUCCGGGCGCGAGGGCAAGCGGUCUGCUAUCAAGUUGCUGUAUCGCGAGAUCCCCCAGCACGAGGCGGACGCAAUGCUGGAGACCAUGACGUCGGACGUGCAGGAGGUGAAUCUUCCCAUGGCGGAUAUUUCUCGAGGUGCGGAGGUUCUGCAGAGUAGUACUGAGAUGCUCCCGCCGAGUGAGCGGGUUUUCAAGGAAUGGAAUGUCGGCUUGUUGGAUAAGUGGCAGGCGGGCAGCGUGCCAUGA